AUGCAAGACCGUAUUACACCCGUAUUAAUAAAGCUCUACAGCAAAGAUUGGACCGAGAUCCACGAGUCAGCAAGCCUGAUAAGGAGACGAUCCCAGGCUCUUAAAGAAGCUAAUAGAUUGCAAAAUCAAGCUCUCUUGCGGAAACUGGCAGCUUUAGUUAAGGCUUGGUUGUCAAAGACAGCGAUCAAGGCUGAGGUGCGAGAGGACCAGACAGACUUCCGGGCGCUCUUCACGCUUAUUGCUAAACACAUUGCAAAGCAAUAUGCCGAAAUACAUGGAUACUUCGACCUCCUAGUGGUGACUGGGCCUCGAGAGAAGUUGGCCUGGGCGAAAACUUUCUCUUCCUACGAACUAUGA